AUGGUCGUCUUUCUGCUGUUGCUUGGCCUCGGGUCGGUUCUUGCAACGCCCUCAGGAGGCAUGAUGGGGGGAUCCCAGCAAACCUCUCAGGAAGAGCUGCAACCUGUUGCCAAACAGACGGCUCAUCAACCAACGAACUCAGCCCUGUCAGAUAAAAACAUCAGCCUCAGCGUACCCAAGAAUGUGAUGCCUGCCACACCCCCAACAUCCAGAAGGUCUUAUUUUGUCAUCCUCAAGGGACACACUUUGAGUAAAGAUCAAAACUGUCUAAAUGGGCUGAGAGUCUUGAGAAAAGCUUUAGACAUGAAUGAGUUAUGCCUGUUGGGCAAUAGCUUCACACAUGGCUCCACCGAUAUGUACACCAGCUGGAAAUGUGGACAAGCUCCCAGCCUAAGCUGUUGUGAGAGCCUAGGACUGGAACAUAGCAUGUGCAAGAUCACUGCAGGCCAGCAGUGCCCCAGGUGCCAGGAGUACGGUGCCACCUCAUUAAAGAGAAUCUUGACAGUGCUGACCAGCCAUUCUCUGAUGAGUUGGUUAGUUAGUGGCUCUAAAUUGUAA